AAAACACAAAAAUUUGUCACAAGAACAGAAGAAAACCCGUAAAAUAUGUAAAAAUCAGCAAUUCUUAUAAUUCCUCGUUAAACAAGCACAUUUUACACUUCAAACGACAAAUCGGAAGUAAAUUUAAUGAAAAAUCAACAAAAUUGGUCACAGUUUCGGUGUGAUAAGCAAAGAAAGGCAUAGGACUUGUUGAUUGAAUUUUUAUUUUGUUGAAUCAAUUUCUUCGCCGGAAAAGCCUUGGCAACAUCCAGCGAGGUAUGACGACAACGGUCACAACAGUUGUUACAAUGUUGGGCAAUACGAAAAAGCGACGUUUAAGUUCGGUGCGAACACUGUGGAAAGGCCUUUUUGGCUUAAUGCUGGUAUCAAUUGCGUACAACGAAUUUCUCAUUAAUUUGCUGCAAAGUCUCAAAUGGUCAAAUAUCAAUUGCUCGAACCCCAAUUGCACGAGAAUUUUGUUUGUUGCUGACCCACAAAUUCUCGGUGACACAUUUGAUUACAACUGGUUCUCGGCAUUGGCGAAUUUCGACAGUGAUUGGCAUCUAAAGAAGACAUUUUCGCAUGCUUUUUCACACGCAAAGCCGGAUGUCGUGUGUUUCCUCGGCGAUAUUUUCGAUGAAGGCUCCGUGGCGGAUGACCAACAAUAUAAAUCGUAUUAUGACCGAUUCCGGGAGAUUUUUCACAUGGGCAUGAAUGAGACAAAUGGUGGUAUUCAGAGUAUUUUUGUACCGGGAGACAACGAUAUCGGUGGCGAGUAUGGCGAAUCCAUCAAAGCUCCCAAAGUCAAUCGGUUUCGGAAAAUGUUCUUCGAAAAAGAGGUGUGGCUCGGCAAAGGCAACAUCAUUUUCUACAACAUCAAUCGUAUAACGCACGAAAUGCCGUCUUUCGAUGCGGGCAGCAAGAAACAUGACAACUACACGAGAAUAUUUCUCAGUCACUUGCCGAUUUUGGAGUCGAAUGAACGAUUUUCUCGCAAGGCUUUAGACACUUUCAAACCGCAUCUGAUAUUUUCUGGACAUCAUCAUCAAUCGUUAAUAAUGCGCACAAAGCUCAAACGUUUGCAUCAACCAGAAAUUCCCAAUUCUCUUAACAAUGACAAGAAAACUGCAUAUGCCAUGAACAGAUUUGACAUCGAUGAAAUCUUUGACAACAACGAAGUCUUGGAAAUUUAUGUCCCAACAUGCUCUUACCGCAUGGGUGAGAUGGAUAUUGGCUUCGGAUACGCAAUUUUAGACAACAGAAACCUUUACUACACCGUGCUAUGGACAUCGCAAAGAUUUUAUCAACUUAGUUUUUACCUCUUCUUAUUAUUCAUUCUCGUUUUGUACAUUCUCGCUAUUAAAAUACCUGAUAUUGUCGUUUAUAUUGGCAAUCAAAUUACCGGAAAACAACACAAAAGUGAUCGACCAUACCGAUAUUUGCCAUUGUAAGUGCUUUUCAGGUGAUACGAGUUACUUAACAUAAUUCAGGUUUAAUAAUAAAAGUGAAAAAAUUAGUAUUAGAACCGAUUGGCUUGCAAUUAAAUUAGAUCUCAGACAAUUUUUAGCGUCCAUGACAAAAAACUUAAAUUCCACUAGCCAAAAUUUUUAGAAUUAGAACAUUUCUUAAUGGAUUGUUGAUGAUUUGGAAGCAAAAAAAAUAAAUUUCUUUUGAUGUCUUUGUAUUUUAACAAUUGAAAUUUUGUAAAAUUUGUACAAAAAAUUAUUUUUGCUCUGAAUCUCAUAGUAAAUUACUUUAAAUCCGUACAUUAGAGCUUACUUAACCAACUUUAUGAAACAAA